AUGGCUGUUGCCGGAUUAAACAUGUCACCGAUGUUCAGCGGAUAUCCCUUCCAAGCACCUCGUUCUUCUGGCACGUCGCGAUCGAAUGCCGCACCAACCGGCAUGCCCCGGAACCCGGGCCGGUACGGUACGCGGGUCCGCGAUUGUACCAAGCAGUGCGCGCCCUCUGAACCAUCUCAACGCCGCCGUCGUCAAGGACGUGUGAACCAGUUGGGCGGAGUGUUCAUCAACGGGCGGCCACUACCGAACCACAUUCGUCUGCGGAUCGUCGAGAUGGCCGCGUCCGGGGUGCGACCUUGCGUCAUCUCCCGACAGCUUCGCGUAUCGCACGGUUGUGUGUCGAAGAUUCUGAACCGCUACCAGGAGACGGGUUCGAUUCGUCCCGGUGUGAUCGGUGGUUCGAAGCCACGCGUCUCUACACCGGAGAUCGAAGGCCGGAUCGAGGAGCUGCGUAAGGCGAAUCCGGGUAUCUUUAGUUGGGAGAUUCGUGAUCGGCUGAUCAAGGAUGGACUGUGCGAUAAGACGACGGCACCAUCGGUUAGCUCGAUCAGUCGGCUGUUGCGUGGAGGACGUCGUGAGGAUGGCGAUACACACGGGAAUCACUCGAUCAGUGGUAUCCUGGGUGGAUCGUCCUGUGAUGAGGACGAUGACAGUGACACCGAGUCCGAACCGGGCAUUACGUUGAAACGGAAACAACGUCGAUCGCGUACCACCUUCAACGGUGAGCAACUGGAAGCACUUGAGAUCGCAUUCAGUCGGACACAGUAUCCGGAUGUUUACACACGGGAGGAGCUGGCCCAAAAGACGAAACUGACGGAAGCUCGGGUUCAGGUUUGGUUCUCGAAUCGACGUGCCCGGCUACGGAAGCACAUGAGUUCGCAACAGAUGUACCCGGCCCAGUAUCAGACGCACGGUGCGUUCGAGCAUCAAGCGGCAGCGGCUAGUGUAGCCGUUGGUACACCGGGAACCGGAUCCGGAUCACCGAUGCCGGGUGCCGGUGGUAGCUCGUCGGCUUCGGCGGCGGCAGCGGCUGCAGCAGCAGCAGCGGCGGCGGCGGCCGCAGCAGCCGUCAGCGGCUUCCCGAUGCAAAGCCCAUGGUCCCAGUAUUCGUCCGUGGCCUCUGGCUCUGGCCAGCAGACGGCGUCCAUGAUGCAUGCGCCAUCGCAAACCUCCUACAAUCCGCUCGCCCAAACGAUGAUGCAUCCAACGUCCGCUACCAUGAGUCCACCGGCUUCGAUGAGUCCACCGAGCUCGGUCAGUCCACCGGCGUCCCACGCUGGCGCUAAUUCCACCUCCGUCUCGCCCAUCCCACACACCACCACCGGCGGCGGCGGUUCGCUUUCCCUCCACAACGGCACCAAUGGCAAUGAUUCCAACUUGGCCGCCACCGGUUACAACUACUUCUCGAUGCUGGACAACGGUACACCCACCCAUCACGGGGUACAGCAUCCUCACUCCCACUCCCACUCCGGUCCGGCUUCCCAUCAUGGCCAUUCGCAUCAUCACGUGGGACAAAUCAGUGCCGCCCAAUCGUACGCCGCGGCUGUCGCCGGUGGCUAUUCGGCGGCGGCGGCGGCUGGCGCCAAUAUGGAGGUCGCAGCAGUUGCCGCAGCAGCCGCCAAUACACAGGCCGCCUCGUGGCCACGUUCCGGUAGCUCCGUGGCACACUGCCAGAAACCCGUGGCCAGCGAAUGGGAUGCAUACAGCUCGUUUUUCUCCAACAACAUGGGACAUCAUCAUCAUCAUCAUUCGGCGGCAUCUGCACACUAUCAAUCGGCAGCGGCCGCAGCCGCCGUGGCCGCUGAGGCCAAGUCGGGAUAUCCUUACUUUGGUCAGCUGGGAACACUGGAAGUGAGUCGCCUGCACUGCUAG